UUGUUUACAUUUUGUUUCAAUGUUUAUGUUUUUUUUGUAUUUGUGUUGUUCAUCAAUUAUCUAAUGUCUUUUAAUAAGAAUAAUCAAGUGUUUCUAUAUUUUCUUAAAAAUAGUAAUCAAUCACUGAAAAUAAUUCUUGGCUUACGAGGGAAUGAAGAUGUUCCUCGUCACCUUCUUUGGGUACUUCAAAAUCGUGUUACUAACAAUGCCUUUGAGGCAAGUUCAAAGUUAAAUGAAGUCUUGCCUCAAUCAAAUAAUCUACCCAAACCGCCGAAGUUGAGUGAACUCAUUGGUAAAGGAACAAGUGUAGUCAAAGGAAUUGAAAAAUUUGCUAAAAUCGGUUUGAAUGUUAAUGGAAAUCCCGUUCUAGAAUUGACCAACAAAACAACAAGCAACCAUUUGCCUGAUUUAAAUGAAUCAAAUAGCACUGUAAAUAAUUCUAAUGAAUCUUCAGCUGAUAUAAAAGGCGACAAAACCGUCGAAAUAAAUGUUCAGAGAUCUAAACUCAAACCACUUAAACUUCCAGCAGAUAAGAGAUUGAACAUAAAAUUACCAGAGACUCAAUCUCUAAGUAACAAAUCCAAGGAAAGUAAAGUUCCUUCAUCUAGAAUAUCACGUUUGGUUUCUUUUGGAGGACUUGCUGCAAGUUUAGGCUAUGGUGCUCUCAAGCAAAUAACUAAGAAAAAAUUAAGAUUCGAGGAUGAAACUCUAAGCUCAAAACCUGGCAAUUUAAUUUCUGAAGAGAUGGCCCAGAAAAUUGUUGAUACUUUGUGUAAAACUCGUGGGGCUGGUCUCAAGAUCGGACAGAUGUUGAGCUUACAAGACAGUUCUAUGAUCGAUCCUCAAUUGCAAGCAAUCUUUGAAAGGGUUCGCCAAGCUGCUGAUUUUAUGCCUUCUAAACAAAUGGAGCAAGUUUUAUAUACUGAGUUUGGUGACAGUUGGAAAGAAAAAUUGCAACAUAUGGACACUAAGCCAUUUGCAGCUGCAUCUAUUGGUCAAGUUCAUAGAGUUACUCUCAAAGACGGAACUGUAGCUGCAAUGAAAAUUCAAUAUCCUGGAGUAGCUGAAAGCAUUGAUAGUGAUAUUAAAAAUUUAGUCUCAAUUUUAAACCUUUGGAAUGUUUUACCUGAUGGACUUUUUAUCGACACUAUCGUAAAAGUUGGACGGAAAGAGUUAAUGUGGGAAGUUGACUACGAGAGAGAAGCUAUAUGUACAAAAAAGUUUCGCGAAUUAAUGGAACCUUACUUUGAAGAGGAAGGAUUUUAUGUUCCUAAAGUAAUCGACGAACUAUCAACCAAAAAAGUUUUUACUUCUGAAUUGAUUCAUGGUAUUCCUGUCGAUAAAUUGGCUGAUAUGCCUGAGAUUACUCAAGAAGUACGCAAUUCGGUUGCUCGACGACUUCUUCGACUGUGUCUUAGAGAGGUGUUCAUCUUCCGGUACAUGCAAACGGAUCCCAAUUGGUCAAACUUUUUUUAUGAUCCUUCUACCGAUACUAUAAAUUUGCUUGAUUUUGGAGCAACUCGAGAGUUCUCUAAAGAGUUUGUUGAUAAUUACAUGAAAAUUAUUCAUGCUGCUGCUUUACAGGACCGUGAAGGUGUUUUGCGCUCUUCAAUUAAUUUAGGUUUCCUGACUGGAUAUGAAUCAAAAAUUAUGGAGAAAGCUCAUGUUGAUGCAGUAAUGAUUUUAGGACAAGCUUUUGCUACUGAAGGUGAUUAUGAUUUUGGUGCUCAGGACACAACUCGUCGUAUAAAUGAACUUAUACCCGUUAUGCUACAACAUAGACUCACCCCACCGCCUGAAGAAACUUACUCUUUACAUCGGAAAACAUCGGGUGUAUUCUUAUUGUGCACUAAGUUAAAGGCCGUAAUUAAUUGUAAAGAAUUAUUCGAAGAUAUUUAUGAGAAAUAUUUAACACUUGAAUAGUGCAAUGUUUAUGAUGUAUUUAUUGUACAAUUGAAAUAUGAAUAUUAGUUGAAAAUCACUAGCUGAUUUGGUUUGGAUUAAAAUUUUCUUUGUCUAGCA